CUGCAUUCCCAGCUUUCACCUCCCUGGGAUCCCCCUUCCCUUUAUCAGCUGCCGGUGCCGUAGCAGGUCCUUGCUGCUCUCUGGGUGCUGUUUUCUCUGUUUUCUCUGCUGUUUGUCCCACGGGAGCUGGUCAGCGGUGUCAGAUCUGCCGUGGGGGAUGGACACCUCGCUUCCCUUCUCCCGGCUGCUGUCGGAGGAGUGGCCCGUGGCUGAGCUGUGGGGCUGCCAGCUGGGCACGGGCGCCCGGAGCUGCGUGGUGAAGGAGGGCGAUGACUUCUUGGAGCACCUGGUGCUGCUGAGAACGAUCUGCCUGGGGGCUGACGCCAGGGACGAGCUGCACGUGGUGGCUGUGGACUCCAAAAACGCCUCCGGGGAGCACAGGCCGGUGCCCAUCGCGGCGCUGCGGAGCUCGGUGCUGCCCAUGAUCAGCCUCAAAGCUCUGGAGCUGGUCCCUCCCGUCACCUUCGUGCUCCAGUGUGGGGCUGGGCCAGUCUAUCUCAGUGGACAGCGAGUCACUCUGGAAGAUGAUGCCAGCUCUGAAGCCGAGGAGGAAGAGCUCUUGGAGGAAGAUGUGGGAGAUGAGGAUGAUGAUGGGGAAUCAUAGAACAGGGGCAGCUCAGAGAGUUCUGAGUGCAGCUGGUGUGAUGGUGGGGACACCCCUUGCCAGGAGCUGCCAGUGCCCUGUGCCAAAUGCAACAGAUCCUUGCAGAGGGACACAAACUGUCUGGGCUUUGGCUGUCAUUCUUUGUCUCCUCUCCUGGCCCCCUCCAUUCCUCCCAUGUUUGCAGAAAUGCUUUUCCCCCCCCCUUUUUAUUGUGAUAAUAAUAGGAAGUGCAGAUACCCUGGAGUCAGUCUGGACUGUGCUCUGGUGCUCCCGUGUCACCUGCUCUCCUGUCCCUCCCUCCCUGCCUCCUCUCGGGAAAACCUAUUCCAUGUGUGCCUCUGUGAUGCUGGGCUGGGCAGAGGUCCCAGCGAGUAGCCCCUGGGGAGCUGUGGGCUGCUGCCAGGACAGGGGGCUUGGGGCCUCUCCCAGCUCCAGCAUGUCUGGAGGAGGAAGGCUGCACUGUGCUGUGGCUCUGCCUCCUCAGGUAGGACUCAAUGCCCUGCACAGCCCUGGCAUGAGUUAUCCUGCCAGCUCCCAGCUAAUGGUCCUUUUGUUCCAGGAGGAAUCUCUCCAGUGUGCCUGUUGGGAUCAACAGGACCGAGUCCUUCAUGGCAGUGCAGGGAAAUGCAGCUGCUGAAAUAAUGUCAUUAGAACUCCUAAUUGAGACAAUUACCCAAAUCCAUUCUAUGCCUGCCACUAGCUGGCAGGGAGGCUGAGUUCAAGGGGAGCCCUGGACCUGCAGGAGGAUGGGCUGGGAAGGGAGCACGUGGCUCUGGGUUUUGAUUUUUCCCAACUUGUAAUAGAAAAUGCCAGAGCUGAGCUGAGGGAGCCAGAGCUGUCACCCCACUCAGCUGUGACCCCUGUGCUGGAUCCUGGGCUGUGGGACAGCACAGAGACCCUGUGGGAGCUGGUGGAGCCCCAGCAGCAGGAACGGUGGGUGCUUUGGGGGGAUGCCCUGGUCCCCCUUCCCACAGCCCCUGGCAGCGGCACGUCCACCCCAUCCUGCCCGACAGCGUCUCCAGGAGGGCUUUGGCAUAACCAUGGCAACUGCCAGGUAAUUAAUGGCCAAGUCUCAAUGCCAUGGAGACCAAACAGGCACCAACUGAGCGGGUGGGGCUGCACCCCUGCCCACGGAGGCACUGAGCCCCCAGUGCAGGAUAUGACCCCCCGGCACACAGUGUGGGGCUGGUGCUGUGCCCACCCAGGGCAGGGAUGUCACCCCACUGUGAGGGGGGCACGUGGCAGCCACUGUCCUCCAGACGUUCCCAGCCUCACCCCAAAGCCUGAAAUGAGCUGGGUGAGACCCUGGGCACAGCUGUUCGUGCCUCCCCCUGCUUGGGGCUGGUCCCCUCAGCUCCCCCAGGCACAGCUCGGCCUCUCCUGCCUUUUUGCACCAGCAAAUUCCAAUUAAUAAAUGCAGGAAUGCCCUUCUGUGCAUAAGUGACCAAUUAUUUGAUGCAUGAGCACCCCAUCAGCUCACCCAUGAGCACCCAAUUAAUCACGUGAGGGUUAAAUAGUGAAACUUGAGCACUCCAAUAAAGUCCUCGGGUGUCCAGUUGAGCCCCCCGUUAUCCAAGCAAAGAAAGGGCAGGAGGAAGCAUUUCCCUGAAUGCCUUUGAAAUAUUUACAUUUUCCACUGUUUCAACACCCAUGCCAUGAUAAUUAACAUAGUGAUUGUUUUAAUUGCAAUAAAUUGAAGUAAGUCAAACUUCCCCCAGUUGAGAUGGGGGCUGAGGAUGUGUCCUGGGGGAGGCUCCUGCGCACAGUAAUUUUUUUAGGGGGGGAAUUUUUCCCUGCUGAUGCUUGCCUGGCAAAGUCCCUCCCUGAGCAGAACAAAGAAGAGGGCUGGUUGGUUGUGUCACUU